UCAUAAUCAGUAGAAUAUCUUUCGAUAUCUACGAGUAUGAAUAUGACGUUGUUCAGGUUGUGCGCUCUGUCUGUUUUGAUAGCAGUGGUUUCAAGUGCCGGUCUGAAGGAAGAAUUCACCUGGACCAUUCUCAACUACAUUUGGCCCGGAACAGACAGAAGGGUAGAAGAACGUGUUUCGAGGAGACAAAUUGAUAAUGUCUUCGAGGAUCCAAAUAUAUCUGUUGAAGCAUUCGUCACUAGAGAUGCACCAGAGGGCGUGGAAUUCAUCCCAGAAAACAACAUUCCAAUGGGUGCCAAUGUGUGGAAAAACAAACUCUUCAUCACUGUGCCCAGGAGACAACCAGGAAUACCAUCAACUCUGAAUUACGUACCACUGGACAGCCCAAACAGACACAACGUCCCUCUGAUCCCAUAUCCAAAUCUAGAAAUCAAUAGGUACCCUGGAGGCAGGCAAAAUUUCCUCUCUGUGUACAGGGUGGCCAUCGAUCCGUGCGACAGACUCUGGAUGGCUGAUACUGGAUUGAUCGAGACUCCAGGGAAUUCAAGUCAAGUCAAAGCAUCCAUGAUAUUUGUCAUUGACCUCAACACUGAUCAAGUCAUCCAUUCCUACGAGAUACCGACUUCAUUCAUGAGGCCAGCCAGUCUACUCGAUAGUAUCACCAUAGACGUCACUGAGAAUACCUGUGACGAUGCAUACGCCUAUUUACCAGAUUUGGGUGGAUACAGUAUCAUUGUUUACAGCCUGAAGCAGAAUAGAUCAUGGCGUGUAGCCCACAACUACCUUUUCUUAGAAAACUCACAAGGCGACUUCAACAUUCAUGGACAUCGUUUCCAAUGGAAUGAUGGGGUUUUUAACGUAGAGUUGUCGAGCAUCAAACCAACAGGUUUCAGAGAUCUCUACUUCCACGCUUUGGCGGGUAGUCAUUUAUACAGAGUGUCAACGAGAAUUUUGAGGAACGAGACUUUAGCAACUAGAAGUUUUCAUGCAGAUGAUUUCCAGGUUGUUGGAGACAGAGGCCCACUUUCCCAAACGACGUCAGCUGACAUUGACCAAUGCAGCGGAGUCAUGUUCAUGUGCUUGGUCAGCCAAAAUGCCUUGGGCUGUUGGAACACCAACAAGCCGUUGAGAACCAAAUCCAUCGUCCAACGGGAUGACAGAAGGAUGAUCUACCCUAACGACGUCAAAGUUUACCGGGACAGAAUUUACGUGUUGACGAAUACCAUGCCCGAAUUCCAGUUCGGCAGGUUGAACUACGAUGAAGUGAAUUUCAGGAUAUGGACUAACACAGUAGCAGGAGCUAUUGAAGGUACUCCUUGUGAUGACAACUAUGAGAGCAAUACUGUAUAUGGUCGUAGGCGUUUAGUGGGUGGCCGUAAAGGCAGAAUAUAUCCAAGAUAUUGAAUUGAUAGGUAUGUGUUGAACUCACAUAUUUCGAUUUGAGUACUCAGUUCUAUUGUGAGAUUUGAUUGUCUGCCAUAAUAAAGAUUUUGAGAAU